UCCGAACCUGCAGAAAACACCGACGAUAAGCCGAAGGGUUUACGUCAGUUGUGGCACAUGUAUGGAGAGUGCCCGGAAAACACAGUUCCGGUGAGGAGAACAAAAGAAGAAGAUCUCUUAAGGUCGACUUCCCUCGAGAGUUUCGGGAAAAAGAGGUAUAGGACCAUCCAACAAGUUGUUUCAAGUGGUCUAGGUGCUUCUGUCCACGAGUACGGAAUAGUGCAAGCAAAGAACGUCAGGGUUUACGGUUCGAAAUCAUCCAUAAAUGUCUGGAAACCCUUUGUCCAACGACCCGAUGAGUUCAGCUUGGCCCAGACAUGGGUUGCCUCCGGCAAUGGUUCUGAUCUCAACACCAUAGAAGCUGGUUGGCAGGUCUUAUUCUGAUUCGGCUGGUCAUCUUAUGCAUAAGUUUUCUCGCAGCUGCGUCAUGUAUCUCUCUUGUCUCGAUUCAUAUAUACAUACAGUCUCUCUUGUUUCACCUUCUAUAUAUGUCCAUGUCAUCUUUGUCCAACGACCCGAUGAAGACUUGUACGGUGACUAUAAUACGAGAUUUU